AUGUCUCAAACGAUUGGAAAAACGCGUCUGGCGUAUUCUCGAACAUGGCAUGCCAUCGAUAUCGGAUCUGACCCCCGAAGUCUGGGCCGAGUGGCCUCGUCCAUCGCGAUGUUCCUGAUGGGGAAACAUAAACCGAUCUACGAUCCAUCUACAGACUGUGGUGAUUAUGUCGUUGCUCUCGGAUGCCGCAAUCUUCGUACUACGGGAAAGAAGAGAGCCCAAAAGCUGUACUAUACACACAACACCAGACCGGGAAGUUUGAAGUCGAUGUCUAUGGACCAGAUGAUCGAGAAAUGGGGAGGCGCCGAGGUUCUGAGAAAGGCUGUCAAAGGAAUGCUGCCAAAAAAUAGACUACGAGAGAAGAGAAUGGCUCGAUUGAAAGCUUUCGAAGGAUUUGAGCAUCCGUAUAAAGAGAAUAUUGUCAAACUCAACGGACAAAAUACGUCUAUUACAGACAUUCCUGAAGUGCGUGAGGCACUACAGAAUGCGAAAACCGAAGCUCUCUCACAUUAG